GCAACACUUUAGUUCCGCGUUCCUACCUCUUGUAUUUAGGUCUCGGGUUCUUCUUCCGGGCACGCUAUUGUUGCAUCAGCAUCAUCCAGCACUGUGGACAUGUCGACCUCAGCAGAGCCAGCGAAAGGAAAGCGGGUUCAGCCGCCCUGGUCUCCACCAGCAGGAACAGAUGUUCCCAAACUACGCCUCUACAACAGCCUGACCAGAACAAAGGAGCCAUUUGUUCCCCAGAAUGGGAACCGGGUCACAUGGUACUGCUGCGGACCGACGGUGUACGACGCCUCUCACAUGGGACACGCCAGGUCCUACAUAUCUUUUGAUAUUCUGCGAAGGAUCCUGAAGGACUACUUCAAGUACGAUGUCCUCUACUGCAUGAACAUCACAGACAUCGAUGACAAAAUCAUCAAAAGGGCCCGGCAGAACCACCUCCUGGAGCAGUACAAAGAGAAAAAGCCACAAGCUGCUCAAAUCCUGCAGGAUGUCCUGAGCGCCAAAAAGCCCUUUAAGGAGGUCUUGGCUUCGACAACGGACCCGGAUAAGAAGCAGAUGCUGGAGAGGCUGGACGCCGCCGUCACCGCCGCCCUGCUGCCCCUUCAGGCAGCGAUGGAGGGCAAAGCAGCACAGGAGGUGGUGCAACCUCUGGCUCAGGUUUUGUUGGAGAGCUCAAAGGACCUGCUCUCUGAUUGGUUGGACAAACAGUUUGGAAGUCAAGUCACAGAGAACUCCAUCUUCUCCAUCCUCCCUAGUUACUGGGAGGGAGAGUACCACAAAGACAUGGAGGCCCUGAGCGUUCUUCCUCCGGACAUUCUCACUCGAGUCAGUGAAUACGUUCCAGAGAUCGUGGAGUUUGUGAAGAAGGUUGUCUCCAACGGUUACGGGUAUGAGUCGAACGGUUCUGUGUACUUUGACACCUUGAAGUUUGACACCAGUCCGCAGCACUCGUACGCCAAACUGGUGCCAGAGGCCGUCGGAGAUCAGAAGGCUUUACAAGAGGGAGAAGGUGACCUGAGCAUCUCCGCUGAGAGACUGAGUGAGAAAAAGUCCCAGAAUGACUUUGCCCUGUGGAAAACCUCCAAGCCCGGAGAGCCGUCAUGGGAUUCUCCGUGGGGGAAGGGAAGGCCGGGCUGGCACAUUGAGUGUUCAGCCAUGGCCGGCUCCAUCUUGGGGGAGUCCAUGGACAUCCACGGCGGGGGGUGCGAUCUCCGAUUCCCCCAUCACGACAACGAGUUGGCUCAGUCUGAGGCUUACUUCGAGAACGAUUACUGGGUGAGAUACUUCCUGCACACCGGACACCUGACCAUCGCAGGCUGCAAGAUGUCCAAGUCUCUGAAGAAUUUCAUCACCAUUAAAGACGCCCUGGCGAAGAACACAGCUCGUCAGCUCCGUCUGGCUUUCUUAAUGCAUUCCUGGAAAGACACCCUGGACUACUCUUCCAACACAAUGGAGUCGGCCGUCCAGUACGAGAAGUUCUUGAACGAGUUCUUCCUGAACGUCAAAGACAUAAUGAGAGCUCCUACCGACAUCACCGGUCGGUUUGAGAAGUGGGAGGCAGUAGAGGUGGAGCUCAACAACAGUUUCUUAGACAGGAAGUCCGCCGUCCACGAGGCUCUGUGUGACAACGUGGACACUCGCACCGCCAUGGAGGAGAUGAGGGUGCUGGUCGGCCAGAGCAACACCUACAUCGCCAGCAGGAAGAGCGCCAAGCUGAGGCCCAACCGCAUGCUGAUGGAGGGCAUCGCCCUGUAUCUCACCGGCAUGCUGAAGGUAUUUGGGGCCAUUGAAGGAUCGGAGCCCAUCGGGUUCCCCGUUGGAGGACAAAGAGAGAACGUUGAUCUGGAGAGCACCGUGAUGCCGUACCUCUCAGUGCUGUCAGAUUUCAGAGAGAGCGUCCGAAGAAUCGCCCGAGAGCAGAAAGUGACGGAGUUGCUGCAGCUGUGUGACGUCGUCCGUGACGAUACGUUACCGGAGCUGGGAGUCCGACUUGAAGAUCAUGAAGGUCUGCCCACAGUGGUGAAACUGGUGGACAAGGAGACUUUACUGAAGGAGAAAGAGGAGAAGAAGCAGAUGGAAGCGGAGAAGAAAAAGAAGAAGGAAGAAGCUGCCAGGAAGAAACAAGAACAAGAGAUGGGCAAACUGGCGAAGAUGAAGGUUCCUCCAGGUGAAAUGUUUCGCCCAGAAACUGACAAGUAUUCCAAGUUUGACGAAAUGGGUUUCCCAACUCACGAUGUCGAGGGGAAGGAGCUGAGCAAAGGACAAGCCAAGAAGCUGCGGAAGCUCUUCGAGGCCCAGGAGAAGCUGCACAACGAGUAUCUGCAGAUGAACCAAAGUGGCAACUGAUUGUGUUUACAAACUGUCCGAGGCCUCCUCACGCUCUGCAGAAUAAAUGUUUAGCCAGAGAAGCCGGGUCGUCGUUUGUCUCCUCCUUUAUCUGUGUGUAAUCAAAAAACAAUGUGCUAAAAACUGCAAGUGUGUUUUUGCUUUUUCAUAUUUUAGAAUGAAGGUUAAAAUUGACAUUUCAUAACCAAAGUCCAUGCAUCAUGUUUUUAAAUGAGGGAGGAGAGAUAUCUGAAAAAGCCAUCACUGAAAGACCUGAAGUGAGGUUUUUAUGAUGUUUUUUUAUACGUGUAUACGAUGUUUAGGACUGAAACGCUGCCAGUCAGUCGAAGGAUUAAAACUUUUUUUUUUACUGUAACUUUGAGUUUUAAGAUUAACUACAAAUUAAAGAAACAUUGUUCCUCA